AUGAGAACUCGAGAAGCGGGACUUGGAUGGGCUAAUUUCCUUUUGGAGGUAGGUAAUGGCACGGCGAACGAUAAAGAAGGACGAAUUCAGAUUUUGAAGGAGUUCCGGUGUCAGAGGAGUAUUGUCACGGAAAUUUUUGGCGAGACGAUUGAUCCAAAUGAUACUAACCUUUGUGAACGGGCUACUUUGCCUCCCAUGAAUCUGAAUGUCAGGCAGCUAAAUAAUGAGGCCUUCGAACGACUAUGCACAUUCUGUCAGCAAGAUGAGCGCGUCUACAAAAGCGUUGACGAGGCUGUGUAUUAUGAAGGAAGCUGGGAUGAGUUGUACCCAGUGGAGUACCUAAACACGUUGGAACCCACUGGAAUGCCACCUCAUGAGCUACGUCUGAAGAAAGGUGCAAUCGUCAUGCUUCUGCGCAAUCUUGACGUUGUCAACGGUCUCUGCAACGGAACACGACUGAGAGUAGAAACCUUUGGACGCUAUGUGCUUGGCUGUCGCUUUGUUUGCGGGAGCCGAAAAAACCAGUUAGCUGUAAUACCCAGGAUUGACAACUAUUGGGAAAAGCAGCUACCGUUCCAACUGCGAAGAAGGCAAUUUCCUUUACGUCUUGCUUUUGCAAUGACUAUAAAUAAGGCUCAAAGACAGUCCUUCAAUGAAGUGGGAGUGUACUUGCCGGAAGACGUUUUCAGUCACGGACAACUCUACGUGGCUUUUUCCCGAGCAAGGACGCCAGCCGGACUGAAGGUAGGCACACUGCAUGGUUCAGUGAAGAACAUUGUGUACAACGAGGUUCUGUUAUGA